UUGUUCUCCAUCGUGGUGUUCGGCUCCAUCGUGAACGAGGGCUACCUCAACAGCUCCUCGGAGGGCGAGGAGUUCUGCAUCUACAACCGCAACCCCAGCGCCUGCAGCUACGGCGUGACUGUGGGCGUGCUCGCCUUCCUCACCUGCCUGCUCUACCUGGCCCUGGACGUGUACUUCCCGCAGAUCAGCAGCGUCAAGGACCGCAAGAAGGCCGUCCUGUCCGACAUCGGCGUCUCGGCCUUCUGGGCCUUCCUCUGGUUUGUUGGCUUCUGCUUCCUGGCCAACCAGUGGCAGGUCUCCAAGCCCAAGGACAACCCGCUGAACGAAGGGACAGACGCGGCCCGGGCCGCCAUCGCCUUCUCCUUCUUCUCCAUCUUCACUUGGGCGGGCCAGGCCGUGCUGGCCUUCCAGCGGUACCAGAUUGGCGCCGACUCGGCCCUCUUCUCCCAGGACUACAUGGACCCCAGCCAGGACUCCAGCAUGCCUUACGCCCCCUACGUGGAGCCCAGUGCAGGGCCGGACCCCGCCGGCAUGGGCGGCACCUACCAGCAGCCGGCCAGCGCCUUCGACGCCGAGCCUCAGGGCUAUCAGUCGCAGGGCUACUGAGCCACAGUGACCGCCUGCUCCCGCCUGCCCCUGGCCCCCUGCACCCCCAGCCCAAGCCCCCGCACCUCGUCCCCCACUCACUCCC